AUGUCGAUGAACAUCUUCGGAAACGAGGCGACGGAGGAGAAAGCCGAAAACGCGCGCCUCGCGUCCUUCGUCGGCGCGCUCGCGCUCGGCGACCUCGUCAAAUCGACGCUCGGGCCAAAAGGGAUGAACAAGAUCCUCCAAUCUGGCUCCACGGGCGACAUCAACGUGACCAACGACGGCGCCACGAUCCUCAAGGCCGUGCAGCUCGACAACGCGGCCGCGAAGAUAUUGGUGAAUAUUAGUAAAGUGCAGGACGACGAGGUCGGGGACGGGACGACGAGCGUGUGCGUGCUUAGUGCGGAGCUGUUGAGGGAGGCGGAGAAGCUGGUUGCGAUGAAGAUUCAUCCGCAGGUUAUUGUGGAGGGGUAUAGGAUUGCGAGUAAGGCGGCGCUGGAGGCGCUCGAGGGCGCGGCUGAGAACCAUGGUACCAACCAAGAACGCUUCCGCCAAGACCUGAUGAACAUCGCGCGCACGACGCUGAGCAGCAAAGUGCUGAGCCAGGACAAGGACUACUUUGCCAACCUCGCCGUCGACGCUGUCCUUCGUCUGCGCGGGAGUACCGACCUCGAGCACAUUCAGAUCAUCAAGAAGGUCGGCGGAAAGCUCACGGAUUCUUACCUUGACGAGGGCUUUAUCCUUGACAAAACGAUCGGCGUCGGCAGCCCUAAACGCGUGGAGAACGCGAAGAUCUUGAUCGCAAAUACCUCCAUGGACACCGACAAGAUCAAGAUCUUCGGCGCACGGGUAAAGGUGGACGGUACGGGAAAGCUCGCCGAGCUGGAGCGUGCCGAACGCGAAAAGAUGAAGGCAAAAGUGGACGCGAUCGCCGCACACGGCAUAAACGUCUUCGUCAACCGCCAACUCGUCUACAACUACCCCGAGUCCCUCCUCACCGAGCGCGGCAUCUGCGUGAUCGAGCACGCGGACUUCGAGGGCGUCGAGCGCCUCUCGCUCGUCACGGGCGGCGAGAUCGCGUCGACGUUCGAGCGGCCCGAUCUCGUGAAGCUCGGCAAGUGCGAGCUGAUAGAGGAGGUGAUCAUCGGCGAGGACAAGCUGAUCAAGUUCAGCGGCGUCGCGGCGGGCGAGGCGUGUACGGUCGUGUUGAGGGGGAGCACGAAUCAGAUGGUGGAUGAGGCGGAGCGCUCGUUACACGAUGCGCUCUCCGUGCUCUCGCAGACGGUCAAAGAGACGCGCGUGGUGCUCGGCGGCGGGUGCGCGGAGAUGCUCAUGUCCGUCGCGGUCGACUCCGCAGCCAAGGGCGUCGCGGGCAAGCGCGCGUUGGCCACCGAAGCUUUCGGGCGCGCGUUGAGGCAGAUUCCGACGAUUUUGGCGGAUAAUGCCGGGUUUGAUAGUAGUGAGCUUGUGAGCCAGCUGCGGGCGGCGCAUUAUGAGGGGAAGAAGGACGCGGGGCUGGAUAUGGAGCUUGGCACGAUUGGGAGUAUGAAGGAGCUGGGCGUUACGGAGAGUUAUAAGCUUAAGAGGGCGGUGGUGACGAGUGCGAGCGAGGCGGCGGAGAUGAUCAUUCGUGUGGACGAUAUUCUGCGCGCAUCGCCCAGGAGACGCGAGGCCGUCUAG